CAAUCUCUCUCCGUCUUCUUCCUCGAAAUUUCUCCAUUUUCGAUUCAGUCCCCCACUCUGUAUUUAAGCUCUGAUCUCCGGCCUUCUCUUGCUCUCUCACCCAUCUCCCGAGCAUCUCCCAAGGCCUUUUUUCGAGAGACGCUUCGUAUAUUUGUUCGGAUCUUCAGUUCAAAGGCCGUGAUUCGUGCUGCCCGAAGAAGGAGGAUGGAGAGCAACCAGCAAGCGUUCUGGCAGUUCAGCGACCAGCUCCGGCUCCACACCUCCAACCUCGCCAACCUCUCCCUCAACGACUCCAUCUGGAGCAGCGGCUACGCCUCCAAGCGCCCCGACGACCGCAAGAACUUCGACGCCAGGGUCGGUGGCGACGCGGUCAACUCGUUGGCCGGCCCCGGCCCCGGCCCCAAGCUCCCCCAGCUGAACGAGUCGUGGAAGAUCGGAUCUGGGUCCGGGCCGGUCGUCUCCGGGAAUGACUUCAACCCGGUCGCCGCCGACGGGUGGAGCAAGAUCGGGAACGCCAACGGCGGCGGCGCGGGCGGCGACUUCAACGGGUUCAACUACGGCUGGAAGAUGGGGAACCCGACCGGGGGAAACGAUUUCAACGCCUUCAACUACGGGUGGAAGGCGAACAGCGGGAAGGAUUUCAACGGGUUCGACGAUGGUUGGAAGAUGGGGGGAUACAAUUUGGGGGUCAACGAAGGGUUUAACACGGGGAUGUACGCCAAGUCUGUGAAUUUUCUCAACAACAAUGUCAAUCUGAAGGGAGGCAAGAACAGGAACGAGGAUUUCCAUGGAGGCAAGACUGCGAAGAAGAACGGGAAUGGGAACAAGAAGAUUAAUGGCGGCGAUGGCUAUAACAACGGUGAGGAGAAGGAGGCUAGAAGUGGUGUCGACAAGAGGUUCAAGACCCUUCCGCCGUCGGAGUCUCUGCCCAAGCACGAGACUGUUGGUGGGUACAUCUUCGUCUGCAACAACGACACCAUGCAGGAAAAUCUGAAAAGACAGCUUUUCGGUCUUCCUCCACGAUAUCGUGAUUCUGUCAGGCAGAUUACCCCAGGAUUGCCCAUUUUCCUCUACAACUACUCGACCCACCAGCUCCAUGGCAUUUUUGAGGCUGCAAGUUUUGGAGGUAGUAACUUAGACCCAACAGCCUGGGAGGAUAAAAAAUGCCCCGGCGAAUCCCGCUUCCCUGCACAGGUUAGAGUUAUGACUAGAAAAAUCUGUGAGCCACUUGAGGAGGACUCAUUCCGACCCAUUCUUCACCAUUAUGAUGGACCCAAAUUCCGACUUGAGCUCAACGUGCCUGAGGCACUCUCCCUCCUUGAUAUAUUUGCGGAGCAGGACUCUAACCUUACUGGCUUGAUAUCAUUCGACGACACCGAAUGAAGCGAUUCAUGGGUGGAACCGAGAUACUCACACUUAAGUUACUUUUAAGUUGUGAUGGAGUUAUAGUGCAAAGGGGUUGUCAAAGCAAACUGGGGAGGAGGAAGAGCUCCCAAUACGAGCUGUGUAGUUUUAGUUCUUGCCUUGCGGUUUGAUACUACUAAAGAAUAAACGUCAUACUGAAUUUGUAAUAAGUGUAUUUAUGAUACCAAAUAGUGUACGAGGUAAGGGGUCAUAUGCCUUCUUUUGCAACUAAAGAAGAGAAGGAACGGCCAAAGGGCGAAUGCUUUCAUCGGCAGCUUCGCUUAUAGCUGCCGUGCCUUGGACAGAAAGAAAGGGACGUUGUUUCGAUUUUACUUUGAACUAUGAAAGAUGUGAUUGUGA